GCCUCGGUCCCUGUGCGGCGGCUGCCAUGUCCCAAGAUGGCGGAGGCGGCGGAGCUGAAGGAGUCAGAGUGUGUCACCACCUUUGCCCACCAGACUGUGGAAUAUGAAAUUGCCCCUGCAUAUGGUUAUGAGCUUUAGGGUAUCAGAAUUACAAGUUCUCUUGGGCUUUGCUGGAAGGAACAAAAGUGGAAGGAAGCACGAACUUCUCACAAAGGCCUUACAGCUGCUGAAAUCUGGCUGCAGCCCUGCUGUCCAGAUGAAAAUUAAAGAACUGUACCGGCGGAGGUUCCCGAGAAAGAUCUUAACCCCUUCGGACUUGUCAAUGCUCCACAUUCAGGCAGGGCAACUGCCUUCGGCCACCGCGCUGACACAGGGCACCGUGUGUCACCUGCCCUAUGACCACAGCUCUGCUGCUGCUGCCGUGCCGGCGGCUCUGCUGCCGCCAGUGCCUGUGCUGGGACCCAAGCACGAGACAGAUGUACAGCACCUAUCGCCACCCAUCCAUCCUGUCCAUCCGGAUGUCAAGAUGAAGAGGCUGCCCUUCUACGAUGUUUAUGAUGAGUUGAUAAAACCCACCACGUUAGCCUCAACAAACAGUCAACGGUUUGAAGAAGCUCACUUUACCUUUGCUCUAACCCCCCAGCAAGUUCAACAGAUCCUCACCUCCCGAGAUAUCUUACCAGGUGCCAAAUGUGAUUACACUAUACAGGUGCAAUUAAGGUUUUGCUUGUGUGAAACCAGCUGUCCCCAAGAAGAUUACUUCCCUCCUAACUUAUUUGUCAAGGUCAAUGGAAAACUCUGUCCCCUGCCUGGUUAUCUCCCACCCACAAAAAAUGGCGCAGAGCCAAAACGACCCAGCCGCCCCGUCAAUAUAACUCCAUUGGCACGACUUUCGGCAACUGUCCCGAACACGAUUGUAGUGAACUGGUCCUCAGAGUUUGGCAGGAACUACUCUCUGUCGGUGUACCUGGUGAAGCAGCUGACAUCAGUAACACUGCUACAGAAGCUAAGAGCCAAGGGCAUCCGAAAUCCAGACCAUUCGCGAGCCCUGAUCAAAGAAAAACUAACAGCUGAUCCUGACAGUGAGAUAGCUACAACGAGCUUACGAGUUUCCCUGAUGUGUCCACUGGGUAAGAUGAGGCUGAUUGUGCCCUGCCGAGCCACCACGUGCACCCACCUCCAGUGCUUCGAUGCAGCACUCUACCUUCAAAUGAAUGAGAAGAAACCCACAUGGACUUGUCCUGUGUGUGAUAAGAAAGCCCCGUACGACAACCUGAUAAUUGACGGGUUGUUCAUGGAAAUCCUGAACUCCUGCACAGACUGUGAUGAGAUACAGUUCAUGGAGGAUGGCUCCUGGUGCCCCAUGAAGCCGAAGAAGGAGAACCAGGAGGUGUGCCAGACGUCUGCGUUCAGUGGGACUGAGGCCAGCUCCCUUUACACUGUGAGCUCUGAGGGCAAGAACUCGUCGGAGGGCAAAAAAAAAGUGGAGGUUAUUGAUCUCACUCUGGACAGCUCGUCGGAUGAGGAGGAGCCGCCUGCCAAGAAACAGUGCCCGGUCUCCAGUGUGGCUCUUCCGACAGCAGCCGGGCCCAAGGGGGUAUUAAGUAUUGAUCACCAGCCGUCUUCUGUGCUUCGAAGUCCUCCCAUGGCAGCUCUUGGCAGCGACUAUCUCUCCAACCUCCCCGUUCCUGACUACCAUCCUUCCUACCAGGUGCCCUCAGAGCUUCAAGGUCUGGAUUUGUUUUCCUUCCUUCAAACUGAAAAUCAGCAUUACAGCCCUUCCGUGAUCACCUCCCUGGAUGAGCAGGACACACUCGGCCAUUUCUUCCAGUACAGAGGCACGUCUAGCCACUUCAUAAACAUGAAUCCCCUGGCCCCCGUGAUGGCAGGAUCUCACAGCGCCAUCAGCCCUGCCGGUGGCCGCAUCAGCAGCAUUGUCUCCACCAGCGCGCUGCGAGAGAGCCACGGACACAACGGGACAAUAAGUAGCAACGCGGUGCUCCCGGGCUGCAGGCCAGACAUCAUUUCCCUGGACUAAGCCCACGCUGAUGGCUGUUAUUCCCUCUACCGGGGAUGGGAGACAAGGGCAGGUUUCCAGUAGCUGCCUUAGGGACUGGCUUCCCUCUCUGGGGCUGGAAGGACCUGACCAAGAACCCUUCGGUUGUGUCUGUCCUCUCUCGACUGAGGCCAUCUCCCUGCAGUGCAACCAGCGCCCCCAGGCCUUGCGCUGGUGGUUUCCAGUACUCCUCUGUUAGGAAGGAUACGUCCCACGGCUGUAUCAGUGCAUGCAUGUGCUCCGUUGGGAUGUUCUGGGGAGGGCCUGUUUCCGAGGGUUAACCAAACCCCAUGACUUUAAAGAAGUAUUUUAAAACCAUUUAUAUAAUGUAGGAUUCUGCUACAGAUAUCAAAGAGCUGAGGAAGAUAAUUCAACCGCCCCUCUGCUGUGGGAGCAGCACCCGCUGCCCAGAAGCAGCAAGUCCUGCACCCGCCCAAACCCCCCGUGGAUCCUCACAAGUGAGGCUGGGGCUGGCUGCAGCUG